ACACAUUGAGUACCGGCCGAGGUUGGCAAUUAAGGGACAGGCCCUUGCUGACUUCCUAGUAGAAAUGACCGGUCUAACUCCAGACUUACCGGUCAACAAGCCCACUGAGCAAUGGUGGGAGAUGGCAGUUGAUGGGGCAUCCGGUCCUAGAGGAUACGGGGGUGGUAUCGUGUUCACCACCCCAGAAGGGUUCAAGAUCUACCAUACAAUCGUCUUCAACUUCAAGCUGACGAACAAUGAGGCAGAAUAUGAAGCUCUGGCUGGAGGGCUCAGACUUGCCCAAGCCCUGAAAAUCAGCCGGGUCAGUAUCAAAUCUGACUCUAGCCUGAUAGUAGGGCAGGUGACCGGUAACAUGGAAGCAAGGGAAGGACGCAUGGCACAAUACAAGGACCUUGUACUUGCCCU